GUUCUAGGUCCGCCGCUGUUUGGAUCUGCAAAUUCCCUUCGAAUUUGAGAUAUUUUUUAUUCAAAUUCGUCGGAGGAGCGAAGAUGAGCGCGAAAAAGAUAGAAGGUUCGUCGGCUCCGGCGAAUCGACGGGAUCCGUACGAGGUUCUUUGUGUAUCAAAGGACGCUAAUGAUCAAGAAAUCAAAUCCGCUUACAGAAAAUUAGCUCUCAAGUAUCAUCCGGAUAAGAAUGCGAACAAUCCCGAUGCUUCUGAGCUUUUCAAGGAAGUUGCAUUUUCCUAUAGCAUUUUGUCUGACCCUGAAAAGAGAAGGCACUAUGACAAUGCAGGAUUUGAGGCACUCGAUGCGGAUGGAAUGGACAUGGAAAUUGACUUGUCAAACCUCGGAACCGUAAAUACUAUGUUUGCAGCAUUAUUCAGCAAACUAGGUGUGCCUAUCAAGACUACUGUGUCUGCCAAUGUUCUUGAAGAGGCUAUGAAUGGAACUGUUACAGUUAGGCCCCUUCCUAUUGGAACAUCAGUUAGUGGGAAGGUUGAGAAGCAAUGCGCUCAUUUUUUUGGAGUUACGAUAAGUGAACAACAAGCUGAAUCAGGGGUCGUUGUUAGAGUUACUUCAACAGCACAAAGUAAAUUUAAGUUACUUUAUUUUGAGCAAGAUUCAAGUGGCGGCUAUGGAUUGGCCUUACAGGAAGAGAGUGAGAAAACAGGCAAGGUGACAUCAGCUGGCAUGUAUUUCUUACAUUUUCAAGUGUAUAGAAUGGAUUCGACUGUCAAUGCGUUGGCUGCAGCCAAGGACCCUGAAUCUGCUUUCUUCAAGCGAUUGGAAGGUCUUCAACCUUGUGAGGUAUCAGAACUGAAAGCUGGCACGCAUAUAUUUGCAGUUUACGGUGAUAACUUCUUUAAGACUGCAUCCUACACGAUUGAGGCACUCUGUGCCAAGACCUAUGAGGAUACAACUGAGAAGUUGAAGGAGAUUGAAGCUCAAAUCUUAAGAAAGAGAAACGAGUUGCGGCAGUUUGAAACAGAGUACCGAAAAGCUUUGGCGCGGUUUCAAGAAGUCACCAACAGAUACACGCAGGAGAAGCAAACUGUGGAUGAACUGCUAAAGCAACGGGAUACAAUCCAUUCGACCUUCUCUGUCGUGAAGACACCAAGCAGCAAAAACUUGAGCAAUGGAAGUAGCAGCAAAGCUCAGGGAGAGGAAUCAAAAGGUGAUGGGGAUAGUGCGGGAGAAGAAGGCGGAACAGAGAGCAGAGACAAAUCCAAGAGGAAAUGGUUCAACUUGAACCUAAAAGGAUCUGAUAAGAUGCUUGGUUGACCAGAAGGCAGAUUUGUUGUGGGUCAUUGGUAUUUUGUUCAUUCGUUAGACGGAAGUGACUCAGGUGACUGUUCGUCACACUAGGGUGCUCUAUGUAGGCAUAUAUAAUCAUGGGAAUGGUCUGAGAGAGAUGCAAAAGCUCUUUAAUGAGUGAAAGGAUUUGUAUUGAUAGGAGUGUUUUGAUAUGUAUGCUUAUGCUUCAUUGAUUCAUUGUUUGUUAUCUUUAUAUUAAACAGAAUUGUCAUUG